AUGGAGCAGACUAGCAGUGCGUACGUGGAUGAUGCGGGUGGCGAGGUCGGACGGCUGCAGGGCGAGCUUAGGAAGGCAGAGGAGCGCAUGCGGCUGUGGAAGGAGAAGACGCAGAUUGCAGUGAAUGAGCUGCGUGAGCGUAUUGUGCGGCUCACCCGUGAGCGUGAUGAGUUACAGGAGGCCAGCAGGCAAUGGAGGCAUCAGCAGGAGCUCCAGCAGCAGCAGCAGCAGCAGCAGCAUGUGCACAAUGGAGCAGAAGGCGGAGUUGCCGGGGUCUUGCCGCCGUUGUUGGCGUCUUCAUCCGUCUGCAUCCCAGCCGACUCUAUUCUGGGCGACUUAAUGCGGUGGACGGGCGCGACAAUGGACGUCUUUCUCGUCGCGUUGCUAAAGAAGUCGGAGGUUGCGCUGGAGGUGGCGGCGUCCGCCUCGCAGGAGCUCGACAAGUGCCAACGUCGCACGGCGCAGACGCUGCGGCUGCAGGCAAAGAACAUUGAGACGUUGCAGUCCGAAGCCUCUGUUCUUCAGCAGCAGCUAAACGAGGCCCUCGCAGCUGUUAGGGAGCGCAAUCAUGCCGUUGAUAGCCGUGACCAGGCCCUCUCCGUGCUGCAAAAUCGGCUGGAGGAUCUUGAGGCGGCCAACGUGCGGCUUGAGUCCUCACAGUUAGCGUUGAACAGCAAACCGAAUGUGGAGCAAAUCAAUCUGCUUGAGGCGCGCCUAGAGGAGGAGAUGGAGAAGUUGCGGCGUGAAUUUGCCUCGCGUGAGAGCGUCAUAUUUGACCAACACCGUGACGAAAUUGAGAGACUUGUGGCCAGCCAUGAGGAGGAGGUGGCGGAGCUGCGGGCGGAGUUGGAGGAGCGAGCGCUGGCCGCGGAGACGGCAGUGGCGGCGCAAACCGCCGCCGCCAAGGUGGACGCGGAGUUUGCGGAAAAGAGUGGCGAGCGGGCGUACAUGGAUCUACUGCGAGAGUUUGAAGCUCUGCAGGAUGAGUUGAAGUUGGCGGAGGGUGAGAAGGAGACACUGCUGGUAGAGCUGCGGGAGGUGCAGAGUAAGCUGGCGCGGGGCGGUGGCGGGACUAGCACGGACAAGACACUGCUGGAUGCGCAGCACGGGUCUCUCACGCUGCCGCAGGCAAUGGCGCGUAUUGCGGAGCUUGAGGGUGGCAUGCUGCGACUCUCCGAGGAGUUAUGCGAGACGAAGAAGCGACUAGUCGCCGCCAAGCAUCAGACGAAUUCCAAGGAGGCUAGUCGUUCGCAGGUGCUGGAGGGACAGCAACUUUCCUACCUCCGGUGCACAGUCGUGAAAUUGCUCUGCGCUAAGGAAGGCGGGAGUGUGGGUCGAAGUCUCUUUCCAGUGCUUAGCACACUCUUGCAGUUUACUGAAGCGGACCUGCAGCAGAUUUAUUCUGCCCACUCGGAUUGGGUAAAGCGGAGAUUUUGA